ACAAACCGUAGUCGAUUCAAAUCAUGGUGUGUGAUUCUUACGAACUCUGCAACGACAUAUCGAAACAAUCCACAUUCACUGCAGUUUACACGUGGUUGUAUUGUAUCUGUAAUAGUUUACAAUGGUUAGGAAGAAAAUAGAUAAUCGUAUAAGAGUUUUAAUUGAAAAUGGUGUGACUCUGGGUCACCGAACAUUGUUUGUAGUUGUUGGAGGCAAAGGACGAGAUCAAGUUGUUAUUCUACAUCAUAUGUUGUCUAAAGCAUGUGUUAAAGCAAGACCGAAUGUAUUGUGGUGCUAUAAGAAAGAGCUUGUCUUCAGUAGCCAUCGAAAAAAGAGGAUGAAAAGUCUCCAGCGUAAAAUAAAGACAGGCAAAGUAAAUGUAAAUGAAGAUGAUCCAUUUGAAUUAUUUGUUGCAUCUACAAACAUUCGGUACUGUUACUAUUCAGAAACACACAAAAUACUUGGAAAUACUUAUGGUAUGUGUGUGUUACAAGACUUUGAAGCUUUGACUCCAAACCUGUUGGCAAGAACAGUUGAGACAAUUGAAGGUGGAGGACUAAUUGUUAUUCUGCUGCAGACAGUGACUUCUUUGAAACAACUUUAUGCCAUGAGCAUGGAUGUUCAUGAACGCUAUCGUACUGAAGCACAUGGUGAUGUUGUUGGACGCUUCAAUGAACGGUUUCUGCUGUCUCUGGCCUUAUGUGCUCGAUGCCUAGUGGUGGAUGAUCAGCUCACUGUGCUUCCCCUUUCAUCUCAUAAUCUUCAGGUAGAGCCAGUGGGAAAACCUGAUCCCCCUCCAAAUGAACAGGAACUGGGAAGUUUGAAAGAAAGUCUACGGGACACACAGCCAGUUGGUGUUCUUGUUAAUUGCUGUAAGACUGUGGAUCAGGCUAAAGCUCUUCUGAAAUUCAUUGAGGCUGUAUCAGAGAAGAGCCUCAGAUCUACUGUAUCACUGACAGCUGCACGAGGAAGAGGCAAAUCAGCUGCUCUGGGGCUAGCAAUGGCAGGAGCAGUUGCUUUUGGCUAUUCCAAUAUCUUUGUUACAAGCCCUAGCCCUGAGAACCUGACCACUCUGUUUGAAUUUGUUUUCAAAGGUUUUGAUGCACUGGAGUACCAAGAACACUUGGAUUAUGACCUCAUCCAGUCAACAAAUCCAGAGUUUAACAAGGCUAUUGUUCGUGUAAACAUUUUCAGAGACCAUCGGCAAACUAUUCAGUACAUACAUCCAACUGAUGCACAUAAGCUUGGUCAAGCAGAACUUCUUGUCAUUGAUGAAGCAGCGGCCAUUCCUUUACCAUAUGUUAAGAGCAUGUUGGGACCAUACCUUGUAUUCCUGGCAUCAACAAUCAAUGGGUAUGAGGGUACAGGCAGGUCCCUGUCCCUAAAAUUACUUCAGCAGCUGCGUACACAGGCAGCUCCCAUUGGUGUAUCUGCUGACAAAAACAAGAUUCACUCAGCUGCCACUGGAAGGGUUUUACAAGAAGUUGUGCUGAAUGAGUCAAUCCGAUACAAUCCGGGUGAUAAUGUGGAGAAAUGGCUGAAUGAUUUGCUGUGUCUAGAUGCUACGUCAGUGCAGCCUAUCUUGUCAGGAUGUCCUCCACCAGACAAUUGUGAUCUGUACUAUAUUAACAGGGAUACACUGUUCUGUUUCCAUAAAGCAUCUGAGGCCUUUCUUCAGCGUCUGGUGGCACUGUAUGUUGCAUCACAUUAUAAGAACAGUCCAAAUGACCUUCAAAUGAUGUCGGAUGCCCCAGCACAUCAUUUAUUUUGUUUGCUUGGGCCAGUUGAUCCAAAUCAGAAAUCUUUACCAGAAGUUCUUGUAGUUAUUCAGGUUUGCUUGGAAGGUCAGGUGUCUAAGAACUCUGUAGUGGAUGGCUUGUCAAGAGGUAAAAGAGCAUCAGGUGAUCUUAUACCCUGGACUGUGGCACAGCAGUUUCAAGAUCAUGACUUCCCCAUGCUGUCUGGUGCAAGGGUAGUAAGGAUAGCGACACAUCCAGACUAUCAGGGGAUGGGAUAUGGUAGCAGAGCUCUCUCCUUGCUGAAGCAGUAUUAUGAAUUAAAGAUUCCAAGUGUUGAGGAGGAUCAGAUGCCUCAAGAACAUAUUGAGUGUGUUACAGAUCAGAAUGUGGGCCUUUUGGAGGAAAGGAUAGAACCAAGAAAAUCUCUCCCUCCACUUCUCUUAAAAUUGAGCGAGAGACCACCAGAGCAUCUUCAGUACCUUGGAGUGUCGUUUGGGCUCACAGCACCUCUCCUUAAAUUCUGGAAAAGAGCAGAGUUUGUUCCAGUUUAUUUGAGGCAGACAACAAAUGACUUAACAGGUGAACAUUCAUGUAUCAUGCUGCACCUUUUGGACAACUCAUAUAGCAGUGGAGAUGGUGAAACAGACCAAGCCAAAAAGGGAUCGUGGCUUGCAGAAUAUUGGGCUGACUUCAGGCGCCGCUUUAUAUCUUUGUUAGGUUUUCAGUUCCGCAGCUUUACACCAAUCCUUGCACUUAGUGUGCUUCAAAACAAGACCUGGAAACAAGAGCAAGCAGUGCUAAGCAAGAUGGAACUUGAUGUAUACUUGACCAAGUAUGAUGUGAAGCGGCUGGAGAUGUACAGUAACAAUCUAGUAGACUACCACUUGGUCAUGGACUUGAUACCUACCUUGGCUCAUUUAUACUUCCUCAAUCAUAUGGGCAGUACACACCUUUCUGCUGUGCAGUCAGCAAUUGUUCUUGGCCUAGGCCUGCAAUACAAAACUGUGGAUAAUCUUGCAUCAGAGUUGGAGCUACCAGCAUCACAACUCUUGGGCCUCUUCAACCGAACGAUUCGUCGAUGUGUUCAGUAUUUAACAGGCAUUCUGGAACACUCCAUAGAACAGGGUCUAGUCCGAUCAAGAACUGACGUCACAUUCAACCCCGUUGCCAAGAGCAUGCAUGAUGAGUUAGAGGAGGCAGCAAAGGAACUGAAGCUCAAACAGCAACAGGAGCUGAAAAAACUCAAAAGUGAAAACCUCAGUCAAUAUGCAAUUAAAGGUUCAGAAGAAGAAUGGUUACAAGCAUUGGGUUCAUCAGGAAAGAAACAGAAAAAUAUUAUUUCUGUCAAAAGUGGUGAGAAGCGGCCAACUGAGGAAGAACUGUUUGAGAAACCUUCCAAAAAGAAAAAGCACAAGAAGAAAUCUGAUCAUUAAUGUUUAUCUAGUCACAUCUUGAUUUUCACAAAUGAAUACAAGUCACAUGUGUAUAUAAGCUGGACUUGAUUUUAAGAAGUAAAUAAAAUUAAUGUCUCAUUUAUAAGCAGCA